AUGCGUUCCGUAUUCUUCCUCGCUCUCAGUGCCGUCGCCACUCUGGCCGCCGCGCGCGAGAAUGCCUUCAACAUCCCCAAGGAUGGUUACUCCUUCACUGCCGGCGAGGCGACCACCUUGAGCUGGGACCCCAGCACUGAGGGAACUGUGACUCUCAAGCUUCAGUACGGCGAUGUUUUGACCUCUUCUUCGGGUACCACUCUUGCUUCCUCCAUUCCCAACUCUGGAAGCUUCACCUGGAGCGUGCCCUCUGACAUUGACGACCACUCCGACUACACCAUCGAGAUUGUCAGUGACUCCGACGCGGACGCCACCAACUAUCUUCCUCGUUUCUCUAUCGAGGGCGCCGAGCCCGUUACCACUACCUCGUCUACCACGACCACCACUGAGACCAGCAGCACCGAGACCUCCACCGAGACCUCAAGCACCACCACCAAGACGACUCUGACAACCACCACCACCACUACCACCGAGUCUACCACCUCCCCGACUCCGACUUCUACCUCUAGUGAGACCCCUAGCGAGACUCCCGCCAGCGCCACCUCCACCGAGUCUGCCUCUAGCACUUCGUCUGAGUCCGCAACUGACAGCCCUACCUCUAUUCCCUCCGUGAACGGCGAGGACGGUGACAACGCUGGCAUGUCCAACCGCGUUUCUGGUGGCCUGUUGGCGCUUGCGCUUGGUGUUGCUGCUCUCGUUUAA